AUGGAAGGGAAACUCCCAUCUUCAGAACACAGCAAACCCAUUUUAGAUGACACCAAUGAGGAAAAUCGUUUGGGACAGAAAUUUGAUGUUUCUCUUUUUGAAUUUUUUGUAGUUGUGCGAGUAUUGAGAGAUCGCCCUCCUGCGCAUUGCAUAGUGAAAGUUGAUUCGUUCUCUCUUCUACAACAAGAAGAUCAAUUUGAAUUAACUGAAUUUAUUGUAGGGGACUACAGUUGGGUGCUGUCUGUUUAUCCAAAUGGGAACAAGGAUGAAAAUGGAGAUGGUCAUCUCUCCCUCCAUGUAACAAGGACUGGCAAAUUCAACUUUGGUACCCCUGUUAGUGCACUUCUUCGGUUCUUUGUCUAUGAUCAGAUAAGGGAAAAUUACUUGAUCGUCUCAGAUUUGAUGGAGAAGUGCUUUCAUGCAAUGAAGAUACGUGGGGGAAUCUCAAAAGUACUUCCCCUUGGUACAUUUAAUGAUGCUUCGAAUGGAUUCUUAGUUAAAGAUUGUUGUAUCUUUGGAGCGGAGCUUCUUCUUAUCAAUGUUAGUAAUUGGUUUGUUUCAAGAGGAGGAGGAUUCUACAUAGGCUGCGGAAACCCGGACUUUAUUCCACUCAGUGAUCUACACGAUCCAUUGAAAGGUUAUUUGGUAGACGAUACCAUAAUUAUUGAAGUUUCUAUCGAAGUGAUGGUAAAGCAGAUAGAUAUGGAGAAGGAGAAGUGGUUUUAA